ACUUUGCUGGCGUAUCGUAUCGAUCUGGAAUUUAUGGCCUGGAGUUUGAUGGUCGUCAGUGCUACAUCUUUUCACAACCAUUUCUCUUCUCUGUUACAUCUUUUAGCUUGUCUUUCUUAUUCCUUCACCUCUUCUUUUCCCUUGUUCCCUUCCUCCCCCCCUAUUCCCGGGUUAUCGCUAGUUAGUAGUUUCCCAACCCGCCCGUCGGAGAUCAUCCGCUUAUUACAUCGCUAUUUUUCCCUCCCCUUCACCUAACCCGGCGUACCAUCCUAUUUAUUUCUAUUAUAUUCCUACCCCCUUCUCCCUUUAUAUACACAUAUAUAUACAUUCACGUACCCUCAAAUUUCGCGUACACUUUCCCUCUAAUCUCCUAUUACACUCGUUCCCCGCUUCUCAAUCUAUG